AUAAUUAAUUCGAAAAUUAUUACUUACGAGAAAUUAAUAAGAUGAUAUUAUCUUAAUAAGAAAAAUAAAUUUUACACGAAGAUGGCAAAUCCUUCAAUGAACACGGGACAAACGUACUAUUGGACUCAGGAGCAUAUGAAGUAUUAUCCAGUACCUCCAGUGCCAAAUUUUCCACCGCCUAAUUACAAUCAACCACCAAAUUAUAAUUUGUCGUACAAUGUUCCUCCUCCUAAUGUAGCCGAUGUUAAAUCGCCAAACUCAAUGUAUCAAUUUGCACCUCCUACUUAUCAUGAUGGAGCGACCAAUUUUUACAACAAUGUUCCUUAUCAAAAUCAAACAGACCCACAGUACAGUAGUCAAUAUUAUGACAAAACAGAAACUGCGCAGCAAUUUGUGAGUGAAAAUUAUACAAAUUGGGACAGAAGAGACAUGUAUGAUAAUAAUACUGAUAACGAGUGGCGUUCUAAUAAUUCUACUAUAAAUUGGACAUUGCAUCAAAAUAUACCUAAUUCUUCUAUCUAUGAUUUGAGUAAGAUAUAUAAUGAUAGCGAGAGAAUAUGCUCGGCACAAAGAUACGAAUUGUUGCAAAGAAAUAAAGAGCCUGAAUGGAAAUACGACGAUAGGGAAACCUUGUCUAAUCGUACUAGUAGUAAACAAAGAUCUAGAAGCCCAGAAGGUAGACUAGAGAAAGUAUAUAGAUCACGAUACGAUGAUCGCAGGGACAGAUAUCGUCAAUACAACAAGGACAUAUCUAAUUUACGAGAGCCUACAUAUGACAGUGGUUAUUUUGAGAGGAGGUCUUCAUAUAAGAAGCAUGAAAGUUAUACGUCUCGUUCAGAAGGAUCUUAUACAAGAAGUAGAAGUAGAAAGAGAUCAAAAUCACGGGAAUCUCGUUCGACCCGAGAUACAACUCCUAUCAGCUCUAAACGAACAAAGGGUCCUACUGAGAGAGAAUUACUUUUAGAAAAAUAUAGACGUAAUUAUUGUGCAACAAGUAAAGAUAUAGAGCGAAAGUUGAACGAAUUAUCAGCAAUGGGAUCAGAAGGCAUACUUGAAAGUGAGAAAAAGAUUUGGACUCGCACGGCACCAGCGGAUCUUUAUUAUUUCAGAGACGAGAAUAAUCCAAAGAUAAUGAAAAGUACUGUCAAACUACAAGAAUUAUGUGUGACUUUUAAGAAAUUAUUAAUUGACAGAGCAACCGAAGCAAGGGCAUUACAGCCACCUUAUGAUCCACCUCCGAGAAAAACUAGAGCACGUCUUUGUCGUCAUAAAUCUGAAGCUUGUAGUAGCUCUUCAUCUGAUAGUGACAGUUCUAUGGAUGAGGAUGAUAGGACAAUGGAAGAAUUAAUGGCAAAGAAACAGCAUCCACAGAGAUUGCAUCCUGAAAUGUGGUUCAAUGAUCCUGGAGAGAUGAAUGAUGGUCCGUUAUGCAGAUGCAGCGCGAAAUCACGACGGUCAGGCAUAAGACAUGGAAUUUAUGCCGGAGAAGGUGCAAUAAAUAAGUGUGAUUUGAAUAUGAAUAAUGCGGACAAAUUGUAUCACUAUAGAAUAACAAUUAGCCCACCGACUAAUUUCCUCACUAAGACACCGACGAUUAUCAAACACGACGAACACGAAUUUAUAUUCGAAGGUUUUUCUAUGCUCUCUCAUUUUCCACUGGUCAAAUUACCAACGUGUAAAGUCAUACGAUUUAAUAUCGAAUAUACAAUUCUCUAUAUAGAAGAGAAAUUGCCAGAAAAUUUCACGAUACAAGAAUUGGAUUACUUUCAGAUGUAUCUAUUCAAAGAAAUUUUGGAGCUUGUAGAUUUUGAUUUACAUGCAGCACAAGAUAAAUCUGGCUGUGGACAGUUCCAUUUUAUGCCAAGAUUUGUACGUGAUUUAGCUGAUAAUGGUCAAGAAAUCUUGUCGAUGAAUGAAGUCCUAAAUUAUUUGAUAAAGAGUAGUACUCUUCUAAUAGAUCCAGAUGAUCUACCUAAAUUGGUGGCGAUGCCACAAUACAAAUGGCAAGAUUUCGCGGACGAGGUGAAGGGAAUGGUUGUGACUUAUCCGGGGAAGAAACCGUGUAGCGUUCGUGUCGAUCAGCUGGAUAGAAAUCAAGUGGACCAGCCACCCGGCGUUACCGCUUAUCCUGAGAUAGUACAUUUUGGUAUCCGUCCACCACAACUUAGUUAUGCUGGAAAUGCAGAUUAUCAAAAAGCAUGGAGGGACUAUGUGAAGUUUCGACAUCUACUCGCGAAUAUGUCGAAACCUUCCUUUGAAGAUAAGAGAAAGUUAGAAGCAAAGGAAAACAAACUUCAAGAAUUACGUACCCAGAGUAAGAUGAAACGCGAUGUCACAGUCGAUGUCAGCUCCGAAGGAUUUUAUAGAACUGGCAUUAUGUGUGAUAUUGUGCAGCAUGCGAUGUUGAUACCGGUACUCGUCUGUCAUCUGCGGUUUCACAAAUCUUUGGACAAUCUGGAACGCACGUUGGGUUACGAGUUUAAAAACAGAUAUCUGCUCCAACUAGCCCUCACACAUCCCAGUUACCGUGAGAAUUUUGGCACGAAUCCGGAUCAUGCACGAAACUCUUUGACGAACUGCGGUAUAAGGCAGCCCGAGUAUGGCGAUCGCAGAAUCCACUAUAUGAACACACGAAAACGUGGAAUCAACACUUUGAUAAACAUAAUGUCCAGAUUCGGUGCGAAAACGGAAACGGAAUCAUCCAUAGCGCACAACGAACGGUUGGAAUUUCUGGGCGAUGCGGUCGUCGAAUUUCUCACAUCCAUUCAUCUCUUUCACAUGUUCCCGGAUUUGGAAGAAGGCGGUCUGGCUACUUAUAGGGCGGCGAUCGUACAAAAUCAGCAUCUUGCUGUGUUGGCAAAGAAAUUGAGUCUCGAGGAGUACAUGCUCUACGCACACGGUAGCGAUCUCUGCCACGAUCUCGAGUUGAGGCAUGCAAUGGCAAAUUGUUUCGAAGCAUUGAUGGGCUCACUUUUUCUUGACGGAGGGAUAGAAGUGGCCGAUCGAGUUUUCGGAGAAACGCUUUUUAAAAGCGAAGAAGAUCUUGCCAAAGUUUGGGUCAAUUAUCCGCGGCAUCCUCUUCAGGAACAAGAACCGACGGGAGAUAGACAAUGGAUUCCCAGUUUUGAACUACUACAGAAACUGACAAAAUUCGAAGAAUCAAUUGGAAUAGAAUUCACUCACAUCCGUCUCCUUGCUAGAGCGUUCACGGACCGUAGUAUAGGAUAUACUAAUUUGACCUUAGGAUCUAAUCAACGAUUAGAAUUCCUUGGAGAUACUGUGCUGCAACUCAUUGUUUCUGAAUACUUGUACAAAUUCUUUCCAGAACAUCACGAGGGACAUUUAUCAUUGUUGCGGAGUUCGCUUGUAAAUAAUAAAACGCAAGCGGUUGUUUGUGACGAUCUUGGUAUGACUCAAUACGCUCUUUACGGGAAUCCGAAAGCUGAAUUAAAGACAAAAGAUAGAGCAGAUUUAUUAGAAGCUUUCCUUGGCGCGCUUUAUGUUGAUAAGGGUUUAAAAUAUUGUCACGUUUUUUGUGAUGUAUGCUUCUUUCCACGUUUACAAGACUUUAUCAUGAAUCAAGAUUGGAAUGAUCCAAAGAGCAAGCUGCAGCAGUGUUGCUUAACUUUAAGAACCAUGGAUGGUGGAGAGCCAGACAUUCCUGUGUACAAAGUUAUCGAAUGUAAAGGACCUACUAAUACAAGGGUUUAUACAGUUGCUGUAUAUUUCCAAGGGAAACGGUUAGCUAAGGCUUCAGGACAUAGUAUCCAAGAAGCGGAAAUGAAUUCUGCUAAAGAAGCUUUAGAAAAAUCUCAAGACUUAUUCCCACAAUUGGAUCAUCAAAAACGUGUGAUAGCAAAAAGUAUGAAAAUGCAGCAAUGGCCAAAUAAACAGAAACCAAGAGGAAAAUCGUCAAGGCCUAGUGAAAGAUCUGACGAUUCUGACUCGAGCCAAAACCGGAGAAGAAGUCAUAGCAGGGAGCGUAAUGCUUCAAAGAAAAGAGAAACUUAAUUGUUUUUUUAUAUAAUUCUUUUACAAGACUAAAUCACAGUUUUUAUUUCGACAGAUAGAAA